CGAUCUUGCGUUCAGCCGAAUUUUGUUCAUCGCUUAUGAGUAUCUGGUGAACUGUUGCCUGUCGAACUCCUAGGAACGUUAUAUUAACGUUCUCCUCAUGUAUAUCUGGCCGCGGCAGCGAUGGCCAAAGUAGGAUUGUCAUGUAUAGGAUACGUAGCUGUUAAUUUAUUUAUUUUUCAUAGCCUAAUUUUAAGUAGCAAUGCACAGCGUCGACCCUAUAGCAGUAAUCGAUUAGCCAGUAGACCACCGAUCCAUCGUGUUCAUCCGUGCGAGCAGAGCUCAUGCUACCCAGCGACGGGAAAUCUGCUGAUCGGGCGCGAAAAUCGGCUCGAAGCGACAUCCACCUGCGGCACGGAGCGGCCGGAGCGUUACUGCAUCGUGUCACAUUUGGAGGAGAAAAAAUGUUUCCUCUGCGACACGCGCCCGGAGACGGACAACGAUCCAAUGCGAAACCAUCGCAUUGGCCAGAUUAUCUACAAGAUGCAACCGGGCACCGUGGAGCAAACUUGGUGGCAAUCUGAGAACGGGCGCCAGAACGUCACCAUCCAGCUAGACCUGGAAGCGGAAUUUCACUUCACUCAUCUGAUCAUCGUGUUCUCCACCUUCCGGCCGGCGGCGAUGUUGAUCGAACGGUCGUACGAUUUCGGUAAAACCUGGCACGUCUACAAGUACUUUGCGCACAGUUGCCGCGAGUCGUUCCCAGAUGCGCCGCUGGUCGCGCGCAACAUCACCGACGUGAUCUGCGACCAUCGCUACUCGGGUGUCGAACCAUCGAAGAACGGUGAGGUCAUCUACCGUGUGCUGCCGCCGAACAUGAACAUCGAGAAUCCGUACGCCGAGCACGUGCAGAAUAUGCUCAAGAUGACGAAUCUGCGCAUUAACUUCACCAAACUGCAUUCGCUCGGCGAUAAUCUGCUGGACGAUCGGCACGAGAUACAGGAGAAGUACUACUAUGCCAUAUCGAACAUGAUCGUGCGCGGGUCGUGCUCGUGCUACGGUCACGCGUCCCGCUGUCUGCCCCUCGAGGGCGUCCGGAACACCGUCGACAUGGUGCACGGCCGGUGCGAGUGUACGCACAACACGAAGGGCUUGAACUGUGAGGAGUGCGAAGACUUUUUCAACGAUCUACCCUGGAAGCCGGCACUCGGGAAGCAGACGAAUGCCUGUAAAAAAUGCAACUGCAACAACCACGCCACGAGCUGCCAUUUCGACCAGGCCGUGUACGAGCACUCGGGCCGCGUAAGUGGCGGUGUUUGUGACAAUUGCCAACACAAUACGCAAGGCUAUCACUGCGAAGAGUGUGCACCCUUCUUCUACCGCGACCCAUCGGAGGACAUUCAAAGCCCGUACGUGUGCAAAGCUUGCGACUGCGAUCCUCGCGGUUCACUCGAUGACGGUAUCUGCGAUUCGAUCGCGGACGAAGAGAACGCGAUCGAGGCCGGUGCCUGCCACUGUAAGCGCAAUGUGAACGGCCGACGCUGCGAUCAGUGUAGGGAAGGAUUCUGGAACUUUGACGAAAGCAAUCCGGACGGGUGCCAGUCGUGUACCUGCAAUACACUGGGCACGGUCAACAACUCGGGCUGCAACGUGUACACUGGCGAGUGCAUCUGCAAGCGGUUGGUGACGGGUCGGGACUGCAAUCAGUGUAUGCCGGAGACGUACGGGUUGUCGGAAAACCUGGAGGGCUGUACGCCGUGCGCGUGUCACGCCGGGGGAUCGCUUGACAACAGUUGCGAUGUGAUCACAGGCCAGUGUCGCUGUCGACCGCAUAUGCAAGGCCGGGACUGCAGCCAGCCGAAACAGCACUACUUCAUUCCGACGCUGCACCGCAUUGUGGAGGCCGAAAUCCCAUCGACGCAAUGUGAAACCAUCGGAAGGCAAAACUGCUCCGUGGUCGUACGUGAGCGUGGCUACGACCGGGGCGUGGAAUCGACCGGUCCAGGCUUUAUCCGUGCAUCGGAAGGAACCGAGCUGAGGUUCACGGUGGAUGAUCUACCGAAGACGAUGAACUACGACGUGGUCGUUCGCUAUCAGCCACAGAUGAAGGGCGAUUGGGAGAAUGUGCGUGUUACCGUGGUUCGGCCGGAGGUGUACGAUCCGCAGGGACCGUGUGCCAACUCCCAUCCCAACUACGAGCGCGACAUCCACACGACACUGUCGGAGUACGAGACGAGCGCGGUGGCUCUGCAUGAUAUCUGUCUCGAGAGUGGCAAAAAGUACAAGUUUAUCGUUUCUUUCCAACGCCACGAACCGUACGAUGAUAAUCCGACCGCCCAGAUUCUGAUCGAUUCGAUCGUGCUGAUACCGCGUAUCGAAAUUACGCCGAUCUUACACGGCAAUCCCCAGGCGGAUUUCCGGCAGAAAGAGUUCGAGAGGGCCGGCUGUAACCAUACGUACUACGAGGUGAACUACGAAAGUAGCGCACCGAACGAGUGCAAAGAUCUGCUAAAGGCCGUCAGCGUGUUCAUCAACAACGGAGCCAUGCCGUGCGAAUGUAACCCGACGGGCUCGACCAGCAAAGCGUGUGCCGAGUCGGGUGGCUACUGUACGUGCAAGACGAACGUGAUUGGCCGCCAGUGUGACAAGUGUGCCCCGGGGACGUACGGCUUCGGACCCGAGGGAUGCAAGGCGUGCGAUUGCAACAGCAUCGGUUCGAAGGACAACGACUGCCACCUGAUCACCGGCCAGUGCAACUGCCAUCCAAAUACGUACGGUCGCGAGUGCGAUCAGUGCCAGCCGGGCUUCUGGAACUUCCCCAACUGUCAGAUCUGCGAGUGUAAUGGCCACACACCGACCUGCGACUCGAAGAGCGGCGAAUGCGUGCACUGCCAAGACUUUACGCAAGGCUGGAAGUGUGAUCGGUGCCUCGACGGUUACUACGGGAACCCGCUGCUCGGUUCAUCGAUCGGAUGUCGGCCCUGCCGCUGUCCAGACACGGCGGCCUCGGGUCACUCGUACGCCAACGAGUGUUACCUGCAUCCGUCGACGAAUGACGUGAUUUGUUCGUGCGACCAAGGCUACGCCGGAGCGCGGUGCGAUGUGUGCGCCGACAAUUACUACGGUAAUCCUGAAAAACCGGGCGGCGUCUGCCAGGAGUGUGACUGUAGCAAAAAUAUUGAUCUGAAACGGGCCGGAAAUUGCGAUUCGAAGACGGGCAAGUGUCUCCAGUGUCUCUACGAUACCGAGGGCGAACACUGCGAGUAUUGCCGCGACGGAUUCUAUGGGGAUGCGCUCCGGCAGGACUGCCGGGCGUGUGACUGUAACUUGCUCGGCACAAACCAGACCGUUGAACAUUGCGAUCGCUACACGGGCCAGUGUCCCUGUUUGCGCAAUGUGAAGGGCCAAUACUGUGACGAGUGUAUCGAAAACCACUGGAAGAUUGCUAGCGGCGAGGGCUGCGAGGCGUGUGACUGCGACCCGGUCGGUGCGCUUAGUGAGCAAUGUAAUCCGUACGAUGGACAAUGCUCUUGCAAGUCGGGAUUCGGCGGUCGGCAGUGCAACCAGUGCGAGGCAUUCUUCUGGGGUGAUCCGAAUGUGGAAUGCAAACCUUGCGAUUGUAACGUGUACGGUGCCGCUACGCAACAGUGUGAUCGAAGUACGGGCCAGUGCGUUUGUAACCCGGGCAUGGGAGGCUACAAGUGUGACCAGUGUGCCCGAGGCUACCUCGGCCAGGCUCCAUACUGUUCACCGUGCGGCGAGUGCUUUGACAAUUGGGACAUAAUAUUGGAGGAGCUGCGAGAAAAGACGGAACGCACGAUCGAGGACGCUCGAUCGAUUAAAAAGCUGGGUGCUACGGGUGCCUACAAGAAGGAGUUCGAUUCGAUGGCCAAAAAAAUCGCUCAGAUCGAGGGUCUGCUGAAUAACACCAUAUCGGACCGCGAAAUCGAGUCGAUCGGUGGCGAGAUCGAUCGCAUUCGGCAGCACUUGAAAGAAUCGCUGCAAAGCAUGGACGACUCGGAACGCAAACUUCAAGAGACGGACUCGGGCAUAAAGCUGGCAAACAUUGAAAUCGUGAACCUGGGGCGGCGGGCAGAUGAGGUGAAGCAGAAGGCGGAGUAUCUUCGUGACAAUGCGACCAAGCUGCAGGAGGGCAACAUAGAAGGUGCGCUCAAUUUGACGCGUGACGCAUGGUACCGGGUCAGUAUGCUCGGUGAGACCAACAUGAAUAUUACCGCGAUCAAUGGGCGGGCAGAGAAUUAUUGUCGGCGAGCGGAGCACCUCAUCAACAUGCACCAGGCCGACGUAAACCGGAAUCAUGACAACAACGAAGCUGCGUUCGUCCGUUACCAGGAGGAGCUUAAUGUGCUGAAUGCAAACGUGCCCGACUUGAACCAACGUAUCUGCGAUCGACGCGGUGAUCCGUGCGAUGAGUUCUGCGGUGGUGCCGGUUGCAAGAAUGGUUGCGGAGGGCUGCGGUGUGAAAAUGGAGCCUUGACGCUUUCGGAAAGGGCACUCGACUUUGCGAAACAAACUGAGCAGAACAUCAAGGAGAAAGAAGAGCUGGCGGACGAUAUCAUACGAUCGAUGUCCCAAGCGAAAGCAAACGCCUCAGAAUCGUACAAGAAGGCGAAAAAGGCGCACGAUGAAACCGAGGCCCACCACGAACGAACGAAAGCCCUGAUUGACCAGGCGAACGUGCUGGUCCAGCGGCUGACGGACAUGAUCGACAACACGACCGCUUCGCCAAAAGAGAUGCAGGCGUUGAUCGAUCAAGUUAUGGGCUACACGCUGCAAUUGGAUCCGGAUCAGAUCGAUGAUUUGGCAAGAAAGAUUCAGGACGCAGUGUCUCACCUGGUGAACGUCGAAUCUAUCAUUCGUAACACCGAGGACGAUCUGUACCGUGUUGAAGCGCUAAAGAGCGAAACGUUGGAGAAGAAGGAACGUGCCGAAAAGGUGUUGGCCGAUGUGCUGAACAUAACGAAGUCGUUGGACGAUGCGGAUGACGCACAGCGGAAGGCACGGCAAUCGAUUAAGCAAGCAAACGCCGACAUAGCAUCCGCGAAGAUUGAUCUGGAAGAGAUUGACAAAGAAACGGAGGACGCCCAGAAACGUGCAAAUGCAACUUCGAACGCCGUGAAUACGCUGUUGUCACGUCUUGAGCAACUGCAGAAGGACAACAUUCGCAACGAGCUCGAUGCGAAAGACAUCAACAAUCAGGCAGAAAUGGUGAAGGAUUCGGCCAACAAUGCUCACGAGAGCGCAACUCGGCUUAAGAAUGACUUCAAGACAGCGAACGAGUCACUGACGGUUCAAGCACGCCGCUCGGAAAACGCGCGGGAACGGGCUCAGAAUCUGCUGAACCGCGCUUCCAAGAUCACCGUUGAUACGAAUACUCAGCUAACGGCGUUGCAGACGAUGGACGACAUCUACAAAUCUAACGAGAAGGACAUCCAAAACCUGGAGACCGAGCUGAAUGAUCUAACCGCAAAGAUUACCAUUUAUCUGGAAACGAUUCAGAGCAAUGCGGAACGCUACCGCCAGUGCACGUAAUUUGUUGUGCCAACAUAUCGCAGGCAGUUGCUGUUUGCGAGAAAAUAUCAAUUUUAAGCCAUGUGUUCAUAACGCUAAAUAGUAAGACAAUUUUUGUUUUUUGACUGCGCAGAGUUUUUGAGCUGGUUUUUCUCCGUUUGUCGGAAAACUUGUUGCGUUUUCGAAAAGGAAGAUCACUAGUGGGUGAAAGUUAUUGCCAAAACGGAUUGCUUACUGUACGUUCACGUAACAAUUCAAACACGUUUUACAGCUUAGUGGUUCGAAGUGCUAAUGAAAGUGUUUGCCUUUGAGUUGUUGUUUUAAACUUUCUGUAUCAGUGAUUUGAAGACGGCAUAGGGCUAAUCACGAGUAAGCAAAUUUGGUAGAAAGUUAACAACGUAUUUCCUCCAGUGCAUUUAAUAUGAAAUGACUAUCUCGCAAACAGUUGAAUGGCAUAGGAGUGUAACCUUUUUAUUUUCAAUAAAUCCCCGAAAACUAAAGCUAAACAGCAUUUAUGAGAAUACGCGCACAAGAUUGAGUGAAGAAAACAAGAAGCCAAAAUUUUACGGUUUACAUGCAUUAAACUACAGCUUUUAGCGUAUAGUUGUUAGGUAACUGAAUUAGAUAAGUACGACACAUAUUCAUCAGCAAUGUUACAGUGACAACAACCCGUGUACCUAGAACAGUUCGCCAUAACUCGAAAAGAAUCUUUGAAAAGCUAAUAUUUUAACUCUCGUUUUAAGCAGGAUCAGUUUUACGAAAUGUAACAUGUCGUUUCUAACCAAUCUAUCUUUUGUUUUAUUUACUACAUUUCCAGUAUGCAUGUUUGAUCAGAAAUACAUUAAUUGUGUCAGUUUCAAAUAAAUAUGAACCACAUUUUGGGUUUCCCCA